UUAAGAAAAACGCAAUGUGUGGAAAAAACAUUUUUGUUAACUAAUGCAUUGUUUUGUGUUGGUAACAGUUGUAAGAAAAUAGAGAACCGUUACAUGUACGCAUGUCAAUUAUUUUUGAAAAGAAGAAAUCAAAAUUUUUUAAAUGGAUGAAGAGGAAUUCACUUAUUCAGAUGACACUUACUAUUCAGAUGAUAAUGAAAAUAACGAAGUAUCUCCAAGUGUUGCGAUAGAAAACGAACAAACAUCUGUAGUUAUUCAGAAAAUUGGCCCCAAAAUAUCAAAAGUGGGUAGUGUCAUCCGAAUUGCAUUAAAGGAUAAACUAGAAGAGGCGAACCAGGUGGAAUAUGAUGAAAAUGAUAUCGUUGAUACAGGAAUCAUUUUGGAAUCCCCAGAAAAGAAAUAUUAUCCAGUGACGCAUGUGAUCUUCGAUUUGGAUGGUACUCUUUUGGACACCGAAACCAUUAAUAAUAGUAUAAUAUCCGCAAUUGCUGCAGAGUAUGAAAAAGAAUAUACUCCUGAAAUUCAGAGUCAAGUAAUGGGAAGAAUUUCUAGUGAAGGAUCAAUUAAAGCAGUUCAGCUUAUGGAUUUACCUUUGUCUCCAGAAGAGUUUGACGCGAAAGUAGAGUUAGAGAACUUUAGAUUAAUGCCAGAGGUGGAACUGCUGCCAGGAGUAGAAAGACUAGUCAACCAUCUAUACGAACAUGGGGUACCGAUAGCAGUAGCAACAUCUUCAAAUAGAACCAACUAUGAAGUGAAAAGUACUUACCAUAGAGAAUUCUUCGAAAAUUUCAAUCAUAUUGUGACAGGGGGCUCUGAUCCAGAUGUUAUCAAUGGAAAGCCAGCACCAGAUAUUUAUUUGAUAAGCGCAUCAAGGUUCCCGGAUAAACCUAAGCCUUAUGAAUGUCUUGCUUUCGAAGAUUCUCCAAAUGGAAUGAGAGCAGCAUUAAAUGCUGGAAUGCAAGUGGUUAUGAUACCUGACCCAUCAGUUAACCCAGAGUUAUAUGAGGAUGCUACAAUUGUCCUCAAAUCAAUGAGCGAUUUUCGUCCAGAACUAUUUGGACUUCCAGCAUUCGAAUAAAAUAAAAAUGCUGAAAAUGAGGCAUAUAUAUAUAGCAAGACAUAGCCUACUAGAGUUAGUACUCUAGAACUUCUAGUAGACUAUGAGCAAGAUGAAUAAUUAAUAUUCUCAUUCUGACUAUUUUAUAUGCAAAUAUUGUACUCGCAAUUGGAAAAUGGUUGAAUAAAUUUAUUGUGUAAA